AUGGACGACGACGUGGGGCUUCAAAAGGCAAUUUACUCCUCUCUUCAAAGCAAACGGACCCAAGAUGCGUUUAACCGAUUUUCUAGAAAUGCUCCAAGUCAUGGAACGGUUCGAAGUUUUCCCCGCAACGGUAAGCGCAAUGCCCUGUUGCGUGAGGGUAUCAUGCCCACAGUACCACGGUCCCAACAAGUCAGGAGCACCACUGGUUGGACAUUUUCUCAGUUUGGCGACUACACGGACCGACCCCCUUGGGUAAACCCGCUGGACGAAGAAUCUUGUAUUCCGAAUAUGCCGGUGCGUCUCCAACAACCCAGCGAUCGUGUACCUGGAUGGACUUUGAUGUGCUCAGGUGGCCGCAUUCAGAGGCAAAAUGCAAUGGGAUCGAACAUACUUUUUAUAUGUGAAGAAGUCCACUAUGCUCAGAACACGAAAAUUCACUGCAAUGAUCUGUUGGCGCUUCGAACGGUAGCGCCUCUUCCACAGGGCAAAAACAUCGCUUGCUUUACUGCGCAAAUCCAAAGCUUGGUAAGUCAAGGACGGUAUGCAAUGUUUGGUAUGGGAAUAACUCCCAGGGCGGGAGACGAGAGACAGGGGUUUUGUGUGGCUUUGGUCCAUUAUGAUUCCUCUGGUGGUAUUUUUCUUUCGGUGGAAAAGUGGCGAAUGACGGAGCAAGACACGUUUGAGCGACUUGAACUAUUGGAACCCAUGAAGACCCUCCGGUUGAUCAGAGAGCGCGUAACCAUAACGUUGCUGGUAUCAUCUGAGCAUUUUAGUUUAUCAAUCAACGGUGAGGUUGUCUGCCCAACCCUCCACGCUCCUGGAGUUCGGUUGGGUGAAUCGCUUCCCAUACUUCUUGCGACGGGUGGAAAGAUAUCGGUGAGAGAGGUUGCCGUAGUAGAAGGACACAAACCCCCGGCAAACAAACUGUACGGUAGGCCACCACCGUUUACUUUGUCUCCCAAGAAGAGUGACACAAACAAGAAGGGUAUCCCAAUAGUGGAAGAGGAGCCCCUUUGCUCCAGUGGAAAGGCAGCGUUUCCUGACAAGGUUUCUAAUCGUAAGGGGAAAGUGGUUGAUAAGGCAGUACCAAAAGAUAAGGUGUUGAACUCAGUUGCACCCUGUGCUCCUCCAGGUAUUGCUCCUGAAUUACUUGAACGCAUUGAAGCAGAGAUAAUUGAACGGUCUCCCAACGUCGAGUGGGAUGACAUAGCCGGCAUCCCCGAAGCUAAGCGUUUACUGAAGGAAGCCAUAAUAUUACCACUGUUGGUACCGGAGCUCUUCACUGGGGUUGUGCAACCUUGGAAGGGUGUCCUAUUGUUUGGUCCUCCUGGGACAGGGAAAACGAUGCUUGCUCGAGCUGUGGCUACAAGCGCCAAAACGACCUUCUUCAACAUCAGCGCCUCGUCCCUUAUUAGCAAGUAUUUUGGCGAGAGCGAGAAGAUUGUGCGGUCACUGUUCCAUCUUGCGCGCCAUUACGCACCAUCAACAAUAUUUUUUGAUGAAGUUGACGCUUUAAUGUCUGCUCGAGGUGGAAACGAACAUGAAGCGAGCCGACGUAUUAAGAGUGAGAUGCUUCAGCAAUUUGAUGGAUUGUGCACUGAAAAUGAUAAACGCGUGCUGGUUCUCGCAACUACAAAUCGUCCAUGGGAUUUGGAUGAGGCCAUGCGCCGCAGGCUGGAAAAGCGCAUUUAUAUACCUCUUCCGGAUAAAGCUGGACGACUGAGUUUACUCAAGAAACAAACAGCUACUUUGUCUUUGGACCCCUCUGUUGAUCUGGAGGAGAUAUCCGAUAAAAGAACGGAAGGAUUUAGCGGCGCAGACAUGAACCUAGUUGUUCGUGACGCCGCAAUGAUGCCAAUGCGAAGGUUAAUCGCGGACAGAUCACCGGCAGAGAUCGCUGCGAUGAAGGAGGGAGGCAAGAUGAUUGUUUCCCCAGUUACAAUGAAUGACUUUGAGGAUGCUCUGAAGAAAAUCCAACCUUCUGUUUCACAGAGCUCAAUCAAACAGUUUGAAAAGUGGGCGGAAGAGCUGGGGUCAGUGUGA